GUCUUUUUCCGAUAGUUAGCUAAUUGUUUUUGAAUAUCCCUUGUAAAUUUUGAUACAUAGAGAAGUUUUUUUGUAAUUUUACUUUCAUUAAUUGCUCAUUUUUAACUUUUUCUUCAUACCUAUACCCAUUAAUUUGCUUUAAUUUUAAUUGAUUGCUUUAAUCUUUGUAAAAAAUUUUUUUAAGUGCCAUAAAUUAAUUUUUUUAAAAUUGUAUAUUUAUUUCAAAGGCAUUAUUUCCAUUAAAAUUAUUUUUCUAAUUAAAGAAAAUUUUCUUGUCCGCAAAAAUUUUUGCGGACAAAGUUUUUGUCCGCAAAAUUUUUUGCGGACAGAAUUUUUUUUUUAUUUUUUAAACUUUUUCAAUUGAUGGGAGGAUGUGUGAGUAGUAGAGAUGUAGACGUUGAAAUCGAUGGAAAGCUGUUACGCUUAAAAAGAGUAAUUGCUACAGGAGGAUUCAGUCAAAUUUACCUGGCGGAGGAAGCUUCAAACAACGAAAAAUUUGCUAUCAAGAAAAUUCUCUGUCAUGGACAGGAUGAAAUUAAAUGUGUUAGGAGGGAGAUUGAGCUACUCACUCGUUUUGCUCAUUUACCACACAUUUUACCAUUCUUGGGGGUUGCAGAGGGCCGCUCUGUUGAUCCAACUUUUGCGGAAUUCUGUAUGGUUUUUCCUUUCUGCCGCCGUGGAUCGUUACAAGAAGAUUUGGCUAAUAGACGACAAAAUAAACAAUUUUUUGAAAGAAAAGUUUUACUAGAAUUUUUUAGACAGAUUAUCGAAGCUAUUGGAUAUUUGCACAGUGCUAAACCUGCAAUAGCUCACAGAGAUUUAAAACCCGGCAAUUUAAUGUUCUAUCAAGACUUUUAUACACUUCAAUUAAUCGAUUUUGGUUCAGCAAUGGAAUGCCCUUUGACUAUUUCAGAUGCCUUAACUAGCAGAAAAAUGUUGGACGAAGCUGGUCAAUAUUGUACAAUGCCUUAUAGAGCACCAGAAUUGUUUACUUGUGAAGUUGGAAUGGAAAUAGACGAAUCUGUUGAUAUUUGGUCGCUUGGUUGUGUAUUUUAUGCCCUUUGUUAUUUUGUUUCACCCUUUGAUGAAGUACAUGAACGAGGAGAUAGCGCCCUCCCCCUCUCUCGCUCUCAUCAGAGUUAUUCCCAGACGGUGGGAGGGCUACGGGGGAAGUUUUCGAGAGGGGGGGGGCUAGGGGCGGGGAUAUUUUUCUUUUUUCACGGGGGAGAGGGCGGGGGCGUGGAAUUUUUAAAAAAUGUCUCAAAUCCCCCGACUUGCGGGGACGGGGAGCAACUUUAUCUCUCACUCUUCCUAUUUCCAAGUCAAAAAACAAAAAAAAAUAACUUUAUGAUAAGACGCCCUCCUCUAGCCUCUCUUUUCUUUCUUUCCUCUCCAUUAAAAAAAAUUUUUUUUUUAAUUAAAAAUACCUCCGAGCCUCUCUCACCCUUUUUCUUAUGCAUUCUCUUCUCUAGUCAGAAAUUUUUUUUUAAUUUUGUAGUAGCUCUAGCCGUUCAAUCUGCCAAACUCUCCUUUAACUCGUCUGCACCGUAA